GCAGUGGGAUGAUCGAUGCGCUCUGAGAGGAGACGUCUCCGAGCCGCGGGGUUCCUGAGGGGAUGUGAAUGUUUGUGGAGCUUCUGUGUUUACAGCCGGCUGAAGAUCCGUGGAAGUGUCCGGAUGCUGAAACAGAAGAACUUUCCUCACAGCGACUCUUGGAGUUUCAAGCUUAGGGUGACCACAACCUCCUCCAGCCUCCUCCUGCUGUCAGGCAGUCCGCGCGUGGCGGAGCGAGCAGAGGCAGAGGAUGCGCUCCGCGCGGCAGAGCAUCGUCUCCUGUAGCGACCACGAGGCGAACUGCACCGCUGCGCGCCGCACGGACACCCUGGCGCUGUCCGCACCCUCCGCGUGGAGCUCCAACAGCUCGGCCGUGGACGCGCUCCAGCUCGUGGAGCUCCAGCCGCCCGCCGCCUCCCCCACCGUGGCGAUGGUGCCCGAGACGCCACGCCUGUUUCCCACAGUGGAUGUGCCCGACCACGCCCACUACACCAUCGGCUCCGUCAUCCUCGCCAUCGGCAUCACCGGCAUGGUCGGGAACUUCCUGGUCAUAUACGCCUUCAGCAGGAGUCGCAGCCUGCGGACGCCGGCCAACAUGUUCAUCAUUAAUCUGGCCAUCACCGACCUCCUGAUGUGCAUCACGCAGUCUCCCAUCUUCUUCACCACCAGCAUGCACAAGAAGUGGAUCUUUGGAGAGAAAGGUUGUGAGCUGUAUGCUUUCUGCGGCGCUCUCUUCGGGAUCUGCUCCAUGAUCACGAUGACGGUGAUCGCCAUCGACCGUUACUUUGUCAUCACGAGGCCUCUCACGUCUAUCGGAGUGUUAUCUCGGAAGCGCGCCCUCCUCAUCCUCGCGGCGGCCUGGGCCUACUCCCUGGGCUGGAGCCUGCCGCCGUUCUUCGGAUGGAGUGCCUACGUCCCCGAGGGCCUGAUGACCUCCUGCACGUGGGACUACAUGACCUUCACUCCGUCCGUGAGAGCCUACACCAUGCUGCUCUUCAUCUUCGUCUUCUUCCUGCCUCUCUUCAUCAUCAUCUACUGCUACAUCUUCAUCUUCCGCGCCAUCCGCAGCACCAACCAGGCGGUGGGGAAGAUUAACGGCAGCAUUCACAGUCACGGAAGCACUCGUGACUCCGUGAAGAGCUUCCACCGGCUGCAGAACGAGUGGAAGAUGGCGAAGAUCGCUCUCAUCGUCAUCCUGCUCUACGUCAUCUCCUGGUCGCCGUACUCCACCGUCGCUCUCACCGCCUUCGCCGGGUACGCAGACAUGUUGACUCCCUACAUGAACUCUAUCCCCGCCAUCAUCGCCAAGGCCUCGGCCAUCCACAACCCCAUCAUCUACGCCAUCACCCACCCAAAGUACAGGAUGGCGCUGGCCAAGUACAUCCCAUGUCUGGGCGUCCUGCUCUGCGUUCGUCCUCGCGACCUCCGCUCCACCAGCAGCAGCUUCGUGUCGACUCGCCGAUCCACUGUGACCAGCCAAAACUCUGACAUUAGCAGCCAGUUCAGGCGGCAGAGCACCUUCAAGUCCCGCCUCUCCUCCGCCUCGGACAGCGAGUCGGGUCUGACAGACACCGAAGCCGAUCUGCCCAGUUUGGGAUCCAGACCGGCCAGCCGCCAGGUCUCCUGUGACAUCAGCAGAGACACCGCCGAGCUGCCCGACUUCAAACCCUCAUCCAGCUUCAAGUCCAAGCUGAAGAGCCAUGACUCGGGCAUCUUCGAUAAGACAUCCUACGACACUGAAAUCUCUAUGGCAGGAACCUCUGAACGCAGCAGUGUUUCUACUAGCGGGGAUCUUGCAGAUCGACGCUCGGCGAGAGGCGCGCUCGGUCGAAUCCCGAGUAUUGUCAUCACCUCCGAGUCCAGCCCCUUCCUUACCGCCGGACGACACGGAUCACGCACGGCUCGAUCGAAGACGACCAACAGUGGCGGUGCAGGGGCGGGGUCGGCAUAGAGCUCCGCCCUCCUCUCCUGCUUAAACACCUGAUCACCUGCAGCCAUGUGACCAGCUAAGGUCCAGGCACAUGUUUGGAAGUGUCCAGUUCAAAGAAAGCUGUCAGAGCCCGUCAGGCCUUUCAUAGAUUGUAACUUUGGAGAGAUUUCCCAGCUUCCUGCACUGGUUUGAUUUCAGUUUUUCUACAGACACAAACGGACACAAAGUUUUUCCUCAGAGUACCUGGAGCUUUUUUACAAAUGGAAAAAUGUGUUUACUUAAAGAGCAGAUAUUUAGGUAUUUAAAAGGUAUUUAAAGAACAGAAAUUUUCCCUGUUCAACAGUUCACUAUGAGAAUGUUGUUUUAAAGAAAGAAAUGCACACGUCACCACCGUCCUGAUCCAAAUACACCUGCAUGCCUCUCCAGGUCCUAAUCUGGGGGGGGCCUCACUGUGCAGACCUCUGCAUGGUGCUGACGGGUGCUUUUAUAUGAGGGGAGGCCAACAUUAGUGUGGACAUGACCGUGUCCUGUACAAAAUGACUGUUUUUGCUUGAAGGAAAAGCAGCUGCUGUUAGUUUAAAUGCUACAGAAUCAACCAGCUCAUAUUUUGUAUUAAGUUGCUCUUUAAAAAAGUCCUUCUAGGCCCUGAGAGCUGAAAGCAGGUCUGAUCUUUCAUAAUGCUGAAGCCAGACAAGAUUCUGAAGGGGCAGAAAUGUUCAGUGUAAGCCAACGAAAAUCUGAUUUUGUGUUUCUCAGUCAGACUGAUGAAAAAUGCCUGUCAUUGUUGUAUAUUUCUCUUCAGGUGAAUUCCUCUGUGACAGGUGAAGGUCCCCGAGCCCUUUAGAGGAGAUGGAAGAUUUCGUGCAUUGUAUCCUGUGAUUCUUCUGUAAAGCCUGUGCUCUCCUGCUCAUCUGCUUCGUGUCUUUUUGCUUUUGAUUUCGUUGGCUGUGUUUGCUAUCUCCGAGCUCAGAGUGAUGUUACAGGUGCAACGAUUUUCAGCUUCUAGCUUCAAAGCUCAGGUUUCUGUUACCGCUUCACUGUUGGCUAUAUCACAAAGGCGGUUAUGUGCACUCAUCUAACUAAACUAACUAAAAAUUCAACACCAACAGUGUAAGAAAUUACUGAAUUGAUGCAUUUAUCUGCAUAUAAUAAUAUCUCAGACCAGCCAUCUUAUUACCUUCAAUAAUCACCCAACAUUACUAGGAGUGAGCUGUAGGCUAAUGUUAGUGGAUCUUAGUGGACCAUUUAUGCUCUAAAUCUUUCUCUGAUCAUUCCAGUCACGAUAAACAGUGUAAAAAAACUGUUGUAGUGGCCCUUUAAGCUGUCCUUCUGGUCAUCUUCUACCUGAAACGAGCUGUUUCAGCUCCCGUCUGUUUAAGAAUCCACUGUCUCCUGAUUAGUCAGCAUCCAGAAGCCUAAUAAGGGGCAGAACAAAGCACUCAUCCAGCUUUAUCUGCUUUCAUCUUCACAAUCUGAAAGUUGUGGCAGUUUUUGUAUAUAUAUAUAUAUAUAUAUAUAUAUAUAUUAAUUCUGAAAACUGAAAACUGAAAAAAUUAUUAAUUCUGAAAACUGUUAAAACUGCCCGGCUAAUCUUCUUGAACCAGAGUUAAUCAGUUUUAUGUGUUCCAGCCUGAGGGGUGUACUCCAGAGCGAGGUUGUGGGUUAGCAGCUGUGCCGAGCUUGAAGUCAGACUUUUCUGUGACUCUUUUUACCUGCUAAAUCACCAUGGUAACUGAUGCUGAACUCAUCACGUGGUCAGGAGCAGGUGAUGUUCAGCGCCGCGUUUUCACUGAUUCUUUUAUUCACAGCAUGUUUUCAGGGUGACGCAGAUCCUCUGCUGGGAGGAAGCGUUUUAGACGUGCAGCUUGUUGAGCCGUACCUUUCUGACAUCACGAGUGAGGAAGCUUUCAUGUGUUUAAAGUCGCAGUCACCUUAGAAAUGAGCAGCAGCACUGAGCGACUCAGACACACAGCUUUAUUUUCCCGCUCUGUGCCAGAAAUGAGCAGAUUGACCCGUUUGAGCGUUCAUGUCUCGCCUUAUUUUACUGUUAGAUUUUUAUGUUCUUUAUAGAUUUUUAUUACAUCACCUGAUAACGUCUCUGAUUGGAGCAGGCGGCGCUCACAGGGAUCAUUUUGUGCAGAAGUCGUGACAUGAUGCAUGAAACGCCCCUUUUUAUGUGAGUGCGCUCAGAGCUUAAUGGGGACAGCUGAUAAUUAGUGAUAUGAAGCACUGAACCAAUUGUUUCAAAAAUAGGUUCAUUACUCGAAGCUUCAAUUAUAGCGCCCUCUCCUGGAAAAGUGCAAUGCUUUUAAUUAGACACGCAUGCACACGCGCACACACCUCAGUAAUCUGAAGCAUCUUUGCAUUGUUUGACUCACACAUGUUAUGACUGAAUAUCAUGAUAUCAGGUUCCAUUCACAAAUAAAGAUGGAUGAAUGUAUGUUGAAGGUUUUAAUCUGAGGCCGUGAGCUUUUGUGUUAGUCUAUGACAGCGUCUGUCAUCACGUUGAAAGGAGGGCGACAGAUUGCAGCAAAGGUUGUCUUUAAUUCAUAACUCAGCAGUAACUGUUGGCUGUAAUAACACUAAAACUGUGUGAACCUGACUGACUGUCUUGCUCCUUCAUGAGAGCGAAUCACCUGAACUAAUCAGGUGAUUCAUCUCGAGAAUGAAGCAGUUGCUGCUUCGGACGUCAUGUGUCACGUGAUUUUUUUUCGCCCUGAAGCAAGCUUCGAAGCAGUGGUUCUCUGGCGUUGUAAGCCCAGGGUUCCAAGCUUCAGUUUCACACUCUCGUCACUAUUGAUCACCACUGUGGUGAUACCUGUUAUCUUUGGGGGUUUGGGUUUUGUUAAGCUAGCUAAGCCUGGAUAUGCUGAGCUUCCUUCGUAGUAAACCCUUCAGGAUUCAUUUACCUUCAACAACCAUAUCUGAUCCAGGACCAGCCAAACCUGAAACUUAAUUGAACUGCUGGUUAUCAAGUGACUCCAUGUUUUAGCUGGAAGUUCUAGUCUUAGUUCAGAUAGUUAAAGCCUUAGUUUAAAACCUGCACACCUGAUUUUCCAGGAAGCCAAAGCCAGACUGGGAGAAGAACAUGCUGGGAAGUCUUCGUAGUCUUUGUGCUCAGCUCGUGUUUCCUGUACAGUUUAUUUAAGUGAGGUCUGGUAGCGCUUUACUGCUUCUUCCUGUUAUCUCUGUGAACCCUGAGAGCCCAGAGGCCUGCAAAAGCACUUUUGUUCAGAAGAUAUUUUCAGUGUUUUGUGUUUUAAAGUGUUGUUCAGUUUGUUUUUCUGUUUUCUGCUGUGUCCUUUCCUUUCUCUAAUUGAAGGCGUAUUUGCUGAAGCAGUGUUUUGGGACGUGAUUGUGAAACUUUGAUGGGGUUAAAACUCCAUAAGCUUGUCUGUCAUGUUGGUUUGAGUUCCUUGGAUGUUCCCCAAAAUCUGUUUCUAGAAACUAACUCAUGAUACUUCUUCUGUUUUAAGCUUUAAGCAAACCAUCAAACUCACUGGUUAAAAUGUGUUGAACAAGACGAAACUGAAGCUAGCUGUUGUAGCAGGUACAGCGGUCUGAUGCCAUGAAACACAUCCUCUCUGAGUGCUAACUGUUAGCAUCCACAGCUUCAGAAAUGACUGUAUCCACACAUUAAUCUGAAUCAACAGUCAUGUGACAGACUGAUGAUGUCACACAGGAAACAUCACUGCAGCUUAUUGCUGCUGAACCAACCAACAUGCAGAACCAACAUGCUUCUGCAUGUUGGUUUGGUUUCUGUUAAACAUGACACGGUGUAAUAAUGUUCAUCUGAGGCUGUAUUUAAAUCAUUUUAAGGCCAGAGGAGGACGGAGGAUUUUUUCAUGUCCUGAUAUGUAAAAACCUCAGCAGUCCAAAUUUAAUAUGACUAUAAAUCUGAAUGUUAACAAAGAUGUUAAAUUCCACCAGGGAUUUGGAGGGUUAGUGGAUUUAGGCUAGUUGACUCCACAUGGUUAACUAAUAUAGACGUUUCUUUGGCACAUACACAUUGCUUGAGAGUUGUCAGCCAUAUUGGACGUGACACAAACACCGUUGCCGGGGUCACAAAGAGCAUGCUGCACCAAAACCUUGGUCAUUCUCAGGUUGCUGUGGUCACCUGUAGUUUGCAUGGAAGACGCUGACUGGCCAUCGGUAGUAAAACCUGAAAAAGUGUGAAACGGAGAACGUUCACCUUCAGAAUAAAGGCUGUGGCUCAACAUGUUUAAAAUGGGACAACUUUUACUUUGAAGGUGAAGAAUCUGCUUUAUCAGAUGGUGGUGCGCUCUUUAGUUUCAGAGCCAAUCAGAGAGCAGCCUGCCACUGUUUGAAGAAAAGCAACUUCACAGCAAUCUGUUGGUGACCAAAGCAAUCACGGCGAGGUUUUCACCAGCUGGUUGGAGGAUGCAGCGUCUGGUCUCUUCAGGCCUGUGUGACCCCACAGUGUCACAUGGCCAAAAUGGCAGAGUGUGGGGCGACUACAGAACCUCAAUAAGAGGCUGUUGACCUUCAGGGUUUGGGGUUACGCUGGUUCACUUCACUAACGGAUGCUUCAGCUGCUACAGAAUUAGCUGCUUUGCUGUCUUUGCUGCAGUAUUUGGUGUUUCAAGUGGUUGUAUUCACAUCCAGGGGUUUUUGAACCUUUCUACCUGAGGUGCAGGUACCCAAACAUCCUCUGUAACACACACACACACACACACAUACAGAUGCUGAAUAUAAAUGCAGAUGUUUGAUAUGUUAGCUAUGUCUUAAACUUUCUGUUCUGAUGGAGCGAUGUUGGAGGUGGGGAAGAGGAUUU